UUGAUGCUGUAGGCACAGCUGAAGAUAAGUUAAAAAAAAAAACGACGCCUAAGUUAGGUCUACUCUUAAGAGAGGUUUUUGCUUUGUUGUGUACACGUUAAACAACGUAUUUGCACAAAUUAUGUGGUGUGACGUAUUGAUCAAGGAGAGAUGGUUUCUGAGAUCCACACUUAUCAACGCGAGCUUUGUAGCAACUAUUACUGCUCAAAGUCAACAGAAUACUAGUUCUUUAACAGCAAAAAUACCCUAAAAAGGUUACAAAACAUGGAAAACAGCAUCUGUUCUGAAAUUCGUCACCAAACCCCACCAGCCACAGGAGAACACUUCUUGCAGCUUGCCUCCAAACAAGAGAGUGAUGAAAACUUCCUGGACCCUUCAGCGUUCCCACUUGAAGAAUAUGACGCUUUAAGAUACUGCACUGCAGAUCUGCCCGACUUUGAAAACGCCAAUGUCGAAGCUCUUGUAAAAGGCGAUCUGAGCCCACUUGUUAGGGAGGAACUGAGAUACAGCAUACUAAGAAGAUGCAAUGGAGCUUUGAAGGCAGAAUAUAAAGAGUCAACAGUUGAAGAGCUAUCUCCCGAAGAACAAGAACGGAGGGAUGCACGGCGUGAGAAAAACAAAAUGGCCGCCAGAAAAUGCCGAGACAAAAAGAAACAAACCAUUCAGGAUCUCGUCAAGAAAAACAAUGAUCUUGAAAGUCAGAACACCUCACUGCGUUACCAAAUACGACAGCUGCAGAAGGAAAAGAACGCGGUUCAACGCGCGCUAGACGAUCAUUUGGCUCAAUGCCCGCUCAUUUCAAGUUGAUUUUAAAUGGCGAAAGAACUGAACUUGAGACUUGAUGCGUUUUCAGAGCCAGUGUUUUAAUACCGGUAUAGCGGUAUGGAUUUUGUUUUGUUUGCUUUGUUUUGUACUAGUAAAGCACACGUCAAGGAAAGAAAAGAUACCCUCGGGUAACUUCUUUUGAACUGUCUGCGGUUAGUUUUUAUACAUGUUCAUUCUGUAUUCUGUCUGACACAAAGGUUUUAUAGAUUUUAUCAAACUGAUUAAGAUACAAGAAAAGAAGCUGAUUCGAUAAUCAGGGGAUUUCUGUUACAUAAUGUGAUGCUAGCGUACGAUCAAUGCUGAGAGCAGUUGACUCGGCAUUUUGAUUGCAUCUAGUUUAUGAUUAUAUAGUGUUUAUGAUAUAAAGUGUAAUGAUAAUGAAUGUGUAUUUAUGUUAUUUUGUUGCUAAUUAUUUGAGUAAAAGUUUUUUUGUAUUAUUAUAAUCAUUUAUCUCUGUACAU